AUGGCUGCAAAACUUCUCCUUCUCGCAAGGUUCUCCUUAACUUCAGCUCAGUCCGCGACGACACCAAUCUUCUGCAUUGCUCUAUCCUCCCUCUCCACUUACACCAUCCAGUCCCCACCCAGCAACACCGGGGCGGAGCCUCCCAGAACCGCAAGCUUCAUAACCUCAGGAUCGGGGCCAUACCCCGCACCAAUGAUCGCGGACUCGAGCCUUCCUAGCCACAUAAUUUGUGCCCCAAAAACCCCACCUGGUGGGAAUCUGAGCAUGCGGUUCAUUGCGUGGGCCAAUGGAGCGUGCCAAACUGAUGGGAAUUAUUACAGGAACUUUUUGACAGAGUUUGUGAGUUGGGGGCAUGUCAUUUCUGCUGAUAGAGCGCCAUCUGCUGGUGCUGGGGGGGCCACAAACUACGCGAACAUCGAUACUGCCAAGAUCGCCACCACAGGACACAGUUGUGGAGGAUUGGAAGCCAUGUCUACUGGGUAUCACAACACAAGAUUCAUGCUGAUGAUGCUGUUUGAUAUUGCUAUCUUUACAGACGAUAAGAGGUAUCUGUUGAAGGAGCUGAAAUUGUUACAUGGUUUGUUGUGCGAGAAAGAUUACGCCCUGUUGCCAACGGGCUUGCCGGCUUAUUGGGCUAGUCUUGAUACUGGACAUCAAGGCACUUAUUCAACGACUAAUGGGGGGAAGUUUGGCAAAGCGGCCGUGGCGCAUCUUCAGUGGCAGUUUAGCGGGAAUACCACAUCAAAGGCUAUAUGUCAAGAUGCGAAGGCACCGGAAAGCUUGGUGGCGGAUAAUUGA